AUGCCGCGGCCGCGGCUGCGUGCCAUGCGCCGGGUUCUGCGCCGGUGGACGGUAUGCGGCCUGCGCGUGGUCCUGCUGGCGGGGCUCGUGGUGGCUCUGCUGCUGUACCUCCUGCGACCGGUCUGGGACGGGCCGCGGCUGCCGCAGCGCGAGGCAGCGGUCGCCACUCCGGGCCACACGCCCGUCGAGGCAACCCCCGGGGAGUUGCCCAUGGCCGUGCCACCGGGCGAGGACCUGUGCGACUUCGAUGUGGCGAUCUUGACCACCGGGCGCCGGGAUUUGGCGUCCCUGACGGCCGGGCUCCGGCGGGCCCUCCAGCGGAGCGUCCUUUGCCCGGCCGACGGGCCCAGCCGGCCGCGGCUGCGGGUGUACGUGGACGGCCAGCCCACCGACGCGGUGCGGCGCCUGGCCGCCGCCCUGCCAGACAUGCGCCCGCGCAUCAUCACGGUCCCGCCGCCAGAGGGCCAACCCUGGGCCGCGUCCAGUGGCCCGGUGGCGUCAUGGCGCCUGGCAUACGUCUAUCGCUUCCUGGUGGCGGACGCUUUCGCGCAUGCCAGCCGAGCUCGCUACCUCCCGGUGCCGGGGGGCCUGCCUGCGGGGGAAGAUGCUCCCGAUCGGACGGCCAUCUUCCUGGAGGAUGACCUGGUGCUGGGGGUGGAUUUCGUGGAUUACUUUGCCCUCGGCCGGGGGGCCCUGCUGGCGGAUGGGCGAUGCGCGCGAGGGGGCCCCUGCGCGGCCUUCGCCCACGCCGGGCCCUCGCACCCAGGGGUGCUAAAUUGCACCUCCCUGCUGGCAAGCCAGCCGCCGGCCCCGGCGGCCGAGGCCGGCCACGCCGACGACCCGGCCGCCCCGCCAGCCGGGGAGCUCUUCUGCGUCAGCGCCUGGAAUGACCGGAGCUACCCGGGGCUGGCGGCCGACCCGGGGCAGGUCCUGCGCACGAGCCACUUUGCCGGCAUGGGGUUCAUGCUGACCGGGCGCCUGGGGCAUUGGCUGCUGGACCACUUCUGGCCGUUGGAGGACAUGGGCUUCUUCGCGGACAAUCCCCACUUCCCGGGGACCCGGCGCGAGUGGGACGACCUGCUGCGCGCGGCCCUGGGGUCGCUGCAGGGUCUGGCCGCGCGAGGGCCCGGGCCCGGGGGGCCUCGGGGGGCCGAGCGCCAGCGCCGCAUGGCCGCCGGCUGCCUGGUGCCGGAGGUCCCACGCACCGGGCACACCCUGGGGCCGGCCGAGCCGGGCCAGGCCGGCGCCGCAUACUCCACGAGUGCCGGACGCCAGGCCCGGCACUUCGACGGCAUGCUCCUGCUGGAUGAGGGCCUCCUCCGGGGGUGGUACCGCGGGCAGCCGGGCACCGAGCGGCAACUCCGGCGCCAUGUCAGCCGCCUGGCCGGGUCUUUCGCCACGGCGGCGGCCGGCGCUGCAUAUGACGCGUGGCUGCAGGCGGGGCACUCCGGUGGCCCUGGCCCGGCGGACUCGCUGGCCGGGGCCGUGCUCUUGGCGGCCGGGCUGUCCGGCACGCCGGGGCCCCCGGGCCCGGCCGACGGGCCCAUCCUUUGUGGCGUGUCGGCCAGCCGGGCCGAGCCUCGGUCCGUCACGGUGGUGGCCCGCUGCGGCCAAUGUGCCGGGUCCGGUCGCCUGGCGCAUGACCGCCCCGACCCGGGCUCCGGCCGGCGGCCCUGGGAGGACAUGCUGGCGGCCCCGUCGGCCGGCGGCCUCGGGGCCAUGCCCGUCUUCGGGUUCGAUGGGCUGGUGCGUAAUAUUUAUCGCGGCAGCGUCAGCCUCCGGGUGCCUCUGGACCCUGGGGCCGGGUGGUUUGCGCGGGUCUUCGCCACGGCCGCCGGGGCGCCCUGGCUGCGAGGCCCCUCGCCGGCCGGCAUCACUGCCGGGCCCGGCGCCCAGGGGGGGCCCCUUUCCGGGCUGGAGAUCGCCCUGCAGCCGGCGGACCGCGCGCCGGUCGAGCCAGACGAGGCCGACGUGCGCCUGGGGCCGCUGCUGGUUAGCAUCCUUUGCGCCGCCGGCCCGGCCGGCCCGGCAGUGAGAGUGGCCACGCCGGGCCGGGCGCCGGGCUGGGCACGCGUCCGCUGCUCCCGGUGUCAGCCCGGCCCGGGCCUCGGGGCCACUGUCCUUGCCAGCGCCCGGCCCGGGGUCUGGGCUGCCGGUGUCCGGGACCCGGGCCCGGCGGCCUCGCCCGGCGAACUGACCCUCGACCAGUGCUGGGUGCCGGACCUGGGCCCGGCGGCGGCCCUCUGGCGUGCUGGCCUGCCCGGCGUCGUGGACCCCGGGCGCCGGGACCGGGCGGCCGGCCUGGCCCGCCAGCUGGAGGAUGCGUAUGCCCGCCAGGCGGCCCGGCUCCCGGGGGAGGUGCUCCUGAGCGUCCGCCUUCGCCCCGGGGCGCCCGCCGGCUGAGGGCCGGCAAUAUACCUGUCUCCGUGGCGUA